UUUUACAGAUUGGGAAUGCAGCAAAUGGGACCUCCUCCUAACCAGAGAGCACCAAUGCUGAUGAGCAUGCCAGCUACUGGUGUUCUAGUUUCGAUGUCUCCGGGACCCCCUUUGUUAACUUCAACGUCAAUUCCGCAACAACAACCCAAGGGAAAUAUGCAACAGGUGUAUCAUUACGAGAGUACUAGUCAGCCCACAGAAGCAGAUCAACACACUACAGAACAUCCGAUCUGUUCAAACACUAAUACUUUGUCUACGCCCAACGUUACUUUGGCAAACAUAAAAGAAAAAACACCAAUGUGCUUAGUGAAUGAACUAGCAAGAUACAACAAGAUUCAACACCAGUAUAAGCUCACAUCAGAGCAAGGACCGGCCCACAAAAAAAUCUUCACAGUUACCUUGAAACUCGGUAAUGAAGAAUAUGAAGCAGAGGGCCCAAGUAUUAAAAAGGCACAACAUUUGGCUGCUAGUCAAGCUUUGAUGAAAACGGAAUUUAAACAUCCACCACCAAAAACAAUCAGAAAUCGUCCUGGAAUCAGACCUGUUAAUCCAGGAGUAGUUACUCCUACAGUUGAACUAAAUGCCCUGGCCAUGAAAAGGGGAGAACGAACAGUAUAUGUGGUCGAAAAUAAUGGUGCUCCGCCACAUCAGGGCUAUCUAUCUCAGCCCAAUUAUUAUCCUCGUCAUAACCUGUAUAAUGCUCAGACUCAACCUCAAAGAUACAGCUAUGAUGCCCGUCGCAAUAAUAUAAGGGGACACUAUCCUUACCAUGAAAAUCGCUACUAUGGACAGUUUCGGCCAGGAGCUCCGCCUAAUCCAGGAGAUCCGUAUAGUGUGCGGUUGAGAGUUGGAGAAAGGGAAUAUCCUGGACAAGGAUUCACUGUGCAAGCUGCCCGACAUGAUGCUGCUUCAAAGGCUAUCGAGCAUAUUAAGCAGCUAGGUGAAUACAUAUUUGACAAUUAAAUUAUGGAAGUAGAAUUUGAAAAUUAAAAUUACGAUGUUAACUCUGAUCUGAAAUCACCUAUUUCACUCGUAUAUGAAAUAGCUCUCAAAAGAAACCUCAACGUUAUUUUCGAAGUUUUGAGCGAAAAGGGCCCUCCACACAUGAAAGUAUUUGUCACCCAAUGCCGUGUAGGAAACUUCUUAGCUGAUGGGGAGGGUAACGGAAAAAAAAUUUCAAAGAAACGUGCCGCCGAAAAAAUGUUGGAAGAGCUCUCCAAACUCCCACCUCUGCCUAACGUAAUCAACAUUGCCCAACUGAAGAGGAAACGAGUCACCAAUAAGAAGAAAACCCGCAACUUGAUCAAAGUCAAUAUGGACAAAACAGCCGAAGUUGCUGAAGAAAUUAAUCCCAUAUCACGCUUAAUUCAAAUUCAGCAAGCUAACAAGGAAAGAGAACCAAUUUAUACUGUUUUGGAGGAACGUGGAGCCCCUAGGCGCAGAGAAUUUGUUAUUGAGGCAUCUGUGAAUGGGCAUUCCUGCACUGGGGUUGGUCCAAAUAAAAAGGUUGCUAAACGUAAUGCUGCUGAAUCUCUUCUCGCUGAAUUGGGCUAUAGCAAUACCACAUCAUUGAACAAUACCAAACCCAUUAAAACAGAAAAAGAGUCUGAUGCAUCUGCAGCGGUAGCACAGGCUAUGGCGGAGAAGAAUCGUAAGGUGACAUUCGUUGAGGAAGUUCAAGAGCAACAACCCACGCCAUCUGUUGGUGGAAGUGGUGGACGCCAGUUGGUUCCUGGCGUUCUUUUGGUAACCGAGCAGUCAGGCUUUCAGAAGCAGAAGGAUACUAUGGACAAACCUAUGCUGCCUCCUCAAACACAAAUCAAGCCACCACCUUCUAUUCAGGGCGUUCGUUCAAAAGAUCAAUUAAUGUACCUGGCUCAGCUGCUGAAUAUUCAGAUACAGUUUUCAGAUUUUCCCAAGGCCAAUCAUGAACAGUAUCUGACUUUAGUAUCACUAAGUACUAUACCACCUCAGGUGUGCCAUGGCGAAGGUCCAACAACUGAAGCUUCUCAUGAAAAGGCUGCGCUAGAAGCGCUCAAGGUUCUAUCUGAGUUGGGUCUUGAUAUAGCACCAAAGGAUGGCUUGGCUCCUGCUACUGCUGUUGACAGCACCUCAGUAGUAUCUGGCAAGGGACCAGUCAACCAGAAUGGUGUGAAGAAGAAUUAGGAACUCUGUGAAUGCUGUACCAAUGGCCCCUUAAUCUAGGACCCUAGGAUCACAUCCCCUUGGGACAUGCUUAGUUUCAGUCAUUGGUACAGUGCAAAUGUACAUGAGUUCCGUGUGGCCAUGUAACAAUUUGCAUUAUUUACAUUCAAAAUAACUACGAAUUAUUGUUUUUCUUGUUUCAUGUGAUUUCAUUAACAUAUGACGUUAUAUGAAAUGAUUUCAUGUAUCUAUGUAUAAUUCUGGUUAUUGCUUGAGCACCAUGCGUUUCAAGUCGGUGCUGCCCAUUUUCAUUUUCGUGGGCAGAAAAUGAAUUUGGGAGACAGUAGUUCAGAAUUGAUUUACAAAAUUGUAAGUUGUGUAUUAAUGUAUACACUUUUAGGGUUCGAAUACGCUGCUCAUGAAGUAUUUCUGGGUAUUUAGGAUUUCAUAAUUUAAAAAGAAGGUUCCAAAUUUUACUUAUCAAGGAAUGUAAAUUGUUGAAUCGAUGAUAAAUACCUUGAAAAUCCUUCAGAAGUGGUAUUAGUUGUAUUUCUAUUCCAAUAUUUCAUGUAGGUAUUUUAAGACGUAUAUGAAAUACUUUGAAAGUGUCCACGGUUGUGGGUAACAUAAGCGUAAUGUUGGUUAUGCGUUAUUAUUGUUACAUAUAAUUUCGGACCCUAAUAUUAACCUAAGAAUUAUUGUUAUGUUAAAUCCUUUUUGAAGCUAGUAUUUGCUAACCGUUUUCUGACAAAGUUAUUGCACAUAAUUGUCAGAGAAUGACGAUCAAGUUAGUUGUUCUCUUUAGAUGCGAUGCAAUUCUGAUCUGCUGAUCAACUCACAAUGGUUUUUUUUGGAGAUUGAUUUCAUUAUUCCAGAGGCUUUGGAAGUGAAGUUUAGUUUGAUUUUUAUAGUGUUAAAAUAAUUCUAAUUUUAUCUGUAUAUUUUCGUUUGAUGUUGUCCAGCAUGUGAUAAUUUUAUUUUGUGUAUUUAUUUGUUUUAGAUCUUUUAAAAAUAAACAUUUUGUAGAUGCCUC